AUGGGCGCUAAGCAAAUUCAAAUAUUUAGAGACUCACAGCUCGUUGUCCAUCAAGUCAACCAGGACUUCACUGCCAAGGACAUCUCUAUGACAGCCUACCUUCAGCAUACCCGCCACCUACUUGCAACUUUCGACGCUUAUCUCAUGAGUCAGGUGCCACGCUCUGAGAACAGCCAUGCUGAUGCCUUAGCCAGGCUAGCCUCGGGCUUGGAACAAGGUAUAGGCCGCAACAUCCACAUCGAGUUCUUGGAUCAACCCAGCACACAAACACCACUCAUCUGCACUAUUGAUCACAGCCCUACAUGGAUGGACCCCAUCCUUCAGUUCUUGCAAAACCAAACACUACCUGCUGAUUCUGCUAAAGCACAACACGUUCGCUAUCGCUCCGCUCGAUACCUAAUCAUCAAUGACGCCCUAUACAAGCGAGGUUUCAGCCUCCCCUAUCUUCGGUGUCUAACUCCAGAAAAAGGCAAUUAUGUCAUUUGGAAAAUUCAUGAAGGCAUCUGCGGCAAUCAUUUUGGCGCCCGCUCACUAGCACAUAAAGCCAUUAGGCAAAGGUACUUCUGGCCCUCACUUCACACCGAUGCCCAGACCUUCACCCAGAAGUGCGAUAAGUGUCAGCGAUUUGCCAACAUCCCACAACUUCCAGCUAAACCAUUGACAGCCAUGGUCAACCCUUGGCCAUUUGCCUAA